AUCUUGGGGUAACAGACACUGUGUAAAAAUUUCACCAAACUAGGAUUACUAUUACCCAAUCAAAACGACAAUUUUAUACGAUCAAAACAAAUCACGUGCGUUCACAACAACUACCUUCUAAUGAAAUUGUUGGUAUUGUAAUAGAUACGCAACGAAUCUUAACUGUUUACAAAACAGUAUAUUAAAAAAUUGUGACCACAAGGAUUUUUCCUCCGUGAAGGAACCUGAACCAAGUCUAACCUUAUCAAACAAACCUACAGCAUGUUACAGUAAGUAAACAAACCUAAUAAAACACGAGUAUCGGAUAUUUAUGGGACGAAGAAGACAACCAAAAAUGAAGAUAACUGGAAGAAACAUAAUAUGGAAAUUCUUACAGAAAAUGGUAGAACAGAUUGAAACCAACAAUAAGUUCGAAACAUUGCUACGAUGAAAAUCAAAAAUCCAGCGCCGAAUAGUGAACAUACUGUGCGAGCUAGUAAAUUUCAAAUUACGGCAAAGAGAGCUCGGUUGAUCGACAACCGCUUAGCUGUUCAUGUGGAUGGUUUUACUAUAUGGCCGAUUCGCGAUGUUGAUAAGUUUUGUGUACAAUUUAAAUUUUUAGUAAUAGUGAUUUCGAAGUUUCUAAUUGUUAAUUAAUUCUAAAAUUGGAUCAACAGUAUAAAGUGAAACGAAAAAAUUUGAAUGCGCAAGCUCGUGAAAUAAUAGGUACGCUCUGUGUUAAAAUUCGCUCGACGAAAGGCAGCUGCCAAUAAACCCAACUUUAACUUUCAAGAGCAUGUUGCUAUUAUGACAGUUUAUAAAUCAGAAUGCUCGACAAAACUUUUACAAACGAAACUGCCAAACAAAAAGAUAAGACUGUAUAUUCUACAAUCAUUAGACAUAAAAUUAAUAAACUUAGAGAUGUUAUAACAAUUGAACCGUUAGCUGGAUUUUACCAAUUAGGAAUUGUCUUGUCCAAGCCAGCUUUUAGCAACUUAGAAUUCGAAAAAGCAUGCAGAGUCAAUUUAGGCUACAAUGAUACAGUAUGUAAUGCAGUAUUAGCUGGAAAUCACAGAAAUUUUUCAGCAGAAAACAAAAAUAUACAGAUUAUUAUUAGUAAAAUGCAUUCGUGGCAGCAACCAGUGCAGAGCAUAAUACCUCUACUCCUUAUCCUUUUUAUGGGUUCAUUCAGUGACCGGCACAAAUGGAGGAAACCUUUUUUCAUUCUUCCUAUAAUAGGUGAUAUUUUAGGUGGCUUAGGAGGCAUUCUAUGUGUUGUAAACAUGAAAACUUGGCCCUUAGAAGUGCAAGGAGUAUUAGAAAAAAUAGUACCGUCCCUAUUUGGUUCACAAAAUUUACUUAUUAUGGCCACCACGGCUUAUAUUGCCGAUGUAAGUACUGUUGACAAUAGAACUCUUAAAAUAGGAAUAACAUCUACAGUAAUUAGCUUAAGCGUACUUUUAGCAAAUUUAGUAUCUGGGGAAUUAUUCACAAAAUUAGGAUAUCUAGGAGUUUUGAGUAUUUCGACAUCCAUAAUGUUUUUUUCUUUGUUUUAUGGAGUAUUUUGGGUCAAAGAAACAGCAAAAACAGAUAUCGAGUACAAUUUAGAUUUAGUGUUUGACGUAUUUAACCCUAUGCAUAUAAUUGAAACUUUCAAGGUAAUAUGGAAGAGGCCAUCAAAUGCUUCUCAUUUAUAUGCAUUGUUACUGUUAGUGACUCUGCAUAAAGCUGCGUAUGAUGGUGAUAACAAUCUUCUGUAUCUUUAUGUUCAAAAUGUAUUUCAGUGGACAGUGGUGGAUUAUACAUAUUUCCUCACAGCACAUUCAACACUCACAUUAAUCGGUAAUCUAUUGGGACUUUGUUUAUUUGUAAAGAUUUUAGGCACCGGUGAUCUUCUUAUUUUGCUUAUCACAACGUUUACAAGAAUUGUAUCAAACAUUAUACUGGGAUGUGCAAGAUCUUCUUUUGUCCUUUACAUAAGCAAUGUGACUGGAAUAGUAACCAAACUCUACAGGACAGCAAAGAGAGCUUACGCCACAAAGAUAGUAUCACCAGAGGAUAUUGGAAAGACUCAAUCACUUUUGAGUAUUACUGAAGCAAUAGCUCCAGCCGUAUCUGUUCCUUUAUAUAACGUAAUAUAUGUAAAUACAAUUCAGGUGUUUCCAGGAACGACGAUAUUUUUCAGUGUUUACAUUUAUAGUAUUUGUUCCUGUCUUAUAAUAUGGAUGUAUUAUUACAAGAAAGAUGACAAGAAUAUUAAAGAAAAAGAAAAUUUUUAUAAACAAGGACGAUAUAAUCAAAUUGAUAGUGAAAAUUACAUGUGAUUUAGAUAGCUAACCUCUUUUUUUUUUUCUAAUAAAUAAAAUUCAAAAACAAUACUACUUCCUCCAAAAACAUUUUAAAAUUUGAAAUGUGUUACUGUCUUGGGCAUCCUGAUUGGUUUCAAUUUUCUGAAAUCAGCGUUGUCACUGUCAUUGGUAACAAG